AUUAGAAAAAAUAAUUUCAUCGUAAAUAAGAUCAUUAACUAAAUACAGAGUAGAUCUGACAUCUGACAUUAUGUACAUAUAUAGAACUGGAAAUGUCUCACGUUCUGAAAUACCGACCUCGACAAAAUUAGAAUUUUUCACGCCCCCUGCGAUUUGUUUCGGCGAAUACAGAAAUUACAACCAUUGACUUAAUCUGUGAUGUGAAUCACGUCUAUUCUGUACAUCACAGAUAAGUAGAUCUAUGUAUUUAUAUUUACUGUUGCAAUUCGGCACAAUGCACGCACGAGGCACCCUUAUCAUACAUUUUUUUCGCAAUCACAGUCACGAUCAUAUAUAUGCUUUUGUUUUCUCUCUACUCUCUACUCAUUUCUCCUUUCUAUUCGAAUCAGGUUCAAUUCGAAUGUGUGGCAAGUGGGUGACCUAGCGAUAGCUUUUGUCAUCCGUCCCAAAGCGGCGUAGUGGUCGCUAGACGCGCAUGUUUGUUGAGAAAUUUUGUGGUAGCGCUAUGCGAUUAAUACACAUCAAAACACCAUCAAAUGAUAACAUCUCCCACCACCAAAAAUUGAACGAGUUGCCGGAUCUGUGUAUACUAGCGCUAGUACCUCAUCUAUGACUAUACGAACGAUAAUGUGAUAAAGGUGCCCUAAAGGUAAAGAAACUUGCGACAUAAAAAUGCAUAAUUUUUUUCUGUGAAGACAACAUGAAUAAUUUAACAGACGCACAUUGGUUUCCCUUAACAUCACAGGGAAAUAUUUAUUCAAUGACCAAAUUGUGUUCUGUCAAUGGUUCCAAUAAGGUAUUAGUGGCUUCUUUGAAAAGAAAAAUAUAUUCUUGUGAAUACCAUUUGAUGCCAAAUCUACAUUUAAGACCACUGGUUAAAGAACUACUUUUUACAUACAUUCCCAGUGGUGCAGAAAUCAUAUCUAUUGAUGCUUAUAAUAAGUCUGACAGCGGUGAUGGAUUUGUGAUAGGAAUAACUAUUUUGAAAGCAAGUACAGAUACAUCUGUAGAAAGAUAUCUAAAUAUAUAUACAGAAGGUGCCAUAGAUGGCGAAGGAGAUGAAGGAAGUUCCAUUGAAGCUAUAGCACAAAAUUGUCUUAUGGUGGAAUUAGCAUAUACACCGUACCAUUUAUAUCAUACUAUAUUACCCCAACAAAAUGUUCCUAAUGAGGUUGUUUGGUUACUCUCUGGCAGUGAUUAUAAAAUACAUAUGAUCAGAGAAGAUAAAUUAAAUCACAGUUACAGCGAAUCACCUAUUGAAAAGUACUUUCCUGAAUUGCAUGAUAUCCAAGGAAUUGCAAUAUGGAUUAAUAUUUACUAUUAUGAUAAUUACAAUUGGAGACUGACAGUAAUUGGUUGUGAGUGUGGAUUGGUCAAUGUAGCUAUAACUAAUGUUUUAGAAUUAAAAGUUUGCCGAAGUUGGAAAUUAAGAUAUGACAGACCUGUUUCCAAUGUAUCCACUUUUUCACUUCAAAAUAGUAUUGAGAAACCUUCUUUUCUUAGCUCUAAUAACUCUAAAUCUUUCCUAAAUGAUCAAAAAACAAAACUAAAUGUUCUUGUUGUGAAUACAAGUAAUGCAGUUGUCUUUAUGGAUGUUCUAAAUAAUGGGAUGGAUGAAGACAUAACAUUAAAUGGUAGUGAAACAUCUGAUUGCAUUUUAUGUUCUUGUAUUGCUGACAUAAAUAUGGAUGGGCAAAAUGAGAUACUUUUAGGAACCUAUGGUCAAGAAGUUCUUAUUUUUUGUUUCAUAAAUAACUCAUGGGAAUUGAUCAUAAGAAAAUUAUUUGAUGCACCUGUACAUUCUAUAUGUUAUAUGGAUAUCACCAAUGAUGGAAUGAAAGAACUUAUUGUCCUUACACAACGCGGAGUGCAUAUAUUACAGCAUAAUAUUAUGGAUGUCAAAGAUAAGUGGAAAAGGCGAUAUAAAAAAUUUCUUGAAGAAAAUAGAAUAUAGCUUAAUUUUCAAAUUGCCAUAUAGAAAGACUUGAAUUGAGGUUUAGUCUUCAGGGAUUGAGAAGAGAGUACAAGAAAUUACAAAAUAUAAAUACACACGUUUCAUAUUAUUGAUAUUAUGUAUAUACAUAUGUGUAUACACACACAAAUGGAUACAUAUAAUACCAAAAAGAAUAAAAGGAAAUUUAUUUUUAUUAUUACUAUAAUUGUAAAGUUGAAUAAUUUUAAUAAAUAUAGUCAAAGAAUAAAA